AAGUUCCACCCUUGUUGUCAUUUACCUUCCGGUCUUCUCCGAGUACAUUCCAAAUUUUUUUUCAACACUUCUCUUCUUCACUCAUCAAUUUUCCAUUCUCUCAAAUAUUUUUCCAAGUAUUUUUUAUUUAAAGAAAAAAUUUAAUUAAACGACAAGUGUUUUUGUAAAUUUUAAAAUUCUGUUGCGCAGAAAGUUAAGAUUUUAAUAUGUUUCAUGACUAUUUUCUUAUGCAUGGCUUAUCCUGUUCGAUCGUCUAAUUUCGAGAUGUUCAAUAGGCCGCAGAGUGCUACCACGAGGCAGGAGACUGAGAUGAUCAAUAAGUCCCAACGGGCCAUAUUUUCAGCCACGGACAGCAUCGAAAAAUUACGUCUUCUCUGCCUUUCCAGGGGUGCUAAUGGCAUCCUUGGUCUGGGGAGAGUAUUUCGACGAAUGGACGAUGAUGGGAAUAAACAAUUGAAUCUGGAGGAAUUCACAACUGGAAUAGCAGACACAGGACUCGAAUUAUCCGAAGAUGAGAUAAAUGAUCUUUUUCAAAAAUUGGAUACCGAUGAAAGUGGGUCAAUUAGUAUCAACGAAUUUAUCGCUGCUGUGAGACCACCGAUGAACGACAGUCGUAAAAAAAUGGUUGAUCAAGCAUUUCAAAAAAUGGACAAAUCCGGCGACGGGCAAAUUACAAUGGAAGAUUUACGGGGUAUUUAUAAUGUCAAAUGCCAUCCACGAUACAUAAGCGGCGAAGAGUCGGAGGAAACUAUUUUAAAUAAAUUUUUAGAAAACUUCGAGAAUGGAGCCACCGCGGAUGGAAAUGUCACACAGGAGGAAUUCAUGAACUAUUACAGUGCUAUCAGCGCAAGUAUCGAUAAUGAUGCUUAUUUCGACUUAAUGAUUCGUAAUGCCUACAAAUUGUAAUUUAACAAGAAAAGAAGA